UCAUCAUUAAAAUCUUUAACAACAAUCAACAACAACAAUCACACAGCCACAUUGAAUUUUACUCAAACACAUUUUCAACACUCUCUAUUCUUGUAUGCCAAUUUAUAUAUAGACGAUUAUCAUCUGAUGGAUUUGAUGGUGGUAUGAUCAUCAUCAUCAAUUUGUUGAUCAUUCCUUUUUUUCCCAAUCAAUAAGUUUGCGGGGGGAAGGUGUAUGUGUGAUAUAAUUUGUUGUUGUUGCUUUUGUAAAUAAACAAUAUUUUUCUCACUCAUCAUGAUUUAAUAAUAAUAUUGUAGUAAUUUUCUUUUGGUGAUAAUAAAUAUGUGUUUAUAAGGUAAACAAACAAACAGAAAUAAUCGUAUGGCGUGGUUGUUGUUGUUGUUGUCUUUUUUGUAAUAAAUAAAUCGAAAAAAAUCAAGGCGUCAUCAUUCAUUGGCCAAUUCGCAUUGUGAAUCGUUGUGCAUCUUGAAUAUUGAGAGAAAAAAAUUGAUUCAUUCAUGUUCGAUCUGAUUAGAUUCGAUAAAUAAAUUUCCCGAUAACAAACAUUGUGUCAUCCAUAAUCCAUCAACUGAAUAUCCCAACGAAUAAUUGAAAUAUAUCAUGAACAUUUUAAGUGAAAAUGUUCGUGUACAAGUUAGCCAAGAUUUUUCAACAUUAAAUCUAAAUAUUAUUGAUCAUCAUUAUUUACUUAUCGAUAUUGGUGCAAAUUUAACUAAUAGAAAAUUUAAUCGUGAUUUAGAAUCGGUAUUACAACGUGCCGAAGAUGUUGGUGUUAAAAAAAUUAUUGUCACCGGUACAUCGAUUAAUUCAAGUCGUGAAGCAUUACGUUUAGCACGUUUACAUCCAGAUAUACUUUUAUUUACUGCAGGUGUUCACCCACAUGAUGCCAAACAAUGGACCGAACAUUCAGAAUCAAUGUUAAGAGAAAUGGCCACAAAUAGUGAAUGUGUUGCAAUCGGUGAAUGUGGCCUGGAUUAUAAUCGUGAUUUUAGUCCAAGAGAUAUACAAAGAGAUGUAUUCAUUAAACAAAUUGAAAUUGCUGUCGAUUUAAAACGACAAGGUAUAAAUCGUCCACUAUUUUUACAUGAACGUGAUGCACAUGAAGAUUUUGUUAAAAUAUUAGAACAAUAUAAAGAUUUAUUACCGAAUAUUGUUGUACAUUGUUUUACCGGUAGUCAACAAGAAGCAUUAAAAUAUUUAGAUAUGGGUUUUUAUCUAGGUAUAACUGGUUAUAUUUCAAAAAUGAAACCUGAAAAUGGUCUGAUGCAGCUAUUUGUGGAGAAAAAAUUUCCCCUAGAUCGUCUAAUGCUUGAAACCGAUAGUCCAUAUUGUUUUCCAAAUAUUCGUAGUAAUAAAUUAUCACAAAACAUAAAAGAUUCAUUGACAGAAAAUUCACUUAGCUAUCUUAAUCGUUACUGUUCAUUUCAACGAAAUGAACCAUCUAGUCUUCCGAUUACAUUGGAAAUUGUUUCAGCAUAUCUUGAAAUGAAACCAGAAGAUGUCGCUAUAAAGACUACUUUGAAUGCAUUGAAUUUUUUCGGAAUUUCUUGUUAAUGAUGAUAAUCAUCAUGAUGAUAAACGUUGAAAUAUCAUCAUUGAUGGUCAACGAUGACCGUUUUUUUGGUUUUUUCUGGAACUGCUG